GCUUACUGCAGGGUUACCUGCCAGGCAGAUGGCACCUGCGCACCUGUGGUACGUCGUGGGAAGGUAAGCUACGGCAAGGAGGAGGCGCCUUGUGUUGAAUCAUUGAGCAGGCUUCACUGAUCAGAAAGAAAAAUGGCGUCCCAGUUGGAAAAAUCAAUGGAGGGCCUUAUCAAAGUAUUCCAUAACUACUCUUCAAAAGAAGGGGACAAGUACAAGUUGAGCAAAGUCGAACUGAAGAGUCUGUUACAGGGAGAACUCAGUGACUUUCUGGCGGCCAGUAAAGACCCAAUGGUAGUGGAAAAAAUUAUGUCUGACCUGGAUGAAAAUCGUGAUGGGGAAGUCGACUUUCAAGAAUUUGUUGUCCUGGUUGCAGCACUAACUGUUGCUUGCAAUGAAUUCUUUGUGGAGAGUAUGAAGAACUAAGUCUUUUCUUGUUGGCAUGUUUCCUAACCUGUCCUUCACAUAACAUGAAGGCAGGCAGGUAUAUCUUUGGGAAUAAUUUUAAUAUGAUCAACAUGUUUGUUACAGUCCUUUGAAAAAUUUUGCUAAUACCACAUUUAAUUAACAUUUGUUGAAAGAUCAAUGUGAAUAAUUUAAAUGCAUUUCAAACUUAAUGGGAAGUGGUAUUUGGAAUUGUACAUCUAUGACUAACAACUUUGUGGUAAGUUGUAGUAAAAUAUACAUUUCCUCUCAAGA